UUCGAAGUCUUGCCGAGGCUGACACUGAAAAAGUUCGUCUCGACAGCUCCAUUAUACCAGAUCAAUGUGCAUUAACCAUGACUUAACGAACGACUCCAUCCACGAAGAUCAUUUCAUAAUCCGAUCCACAAAAAUGGAACCUCGGCAAUUACCCGAUUAGGACAGACCGCGCGGAACAGCAAGGCGGGACUUGGAAAGUGAAGACUCCAACUUCCCCUCCAAAGAUUGUCUUGACUCCUGAACCCUGCUUCGAGUUAGAAGAGCAUCCUUCUUAUCUCAGCACCUUGCAACCGCUCAAUACUACUUUCUGUGCUUGUUAGGGACUGUGUGUGCCCACCAUGGCCAAAUCCGUAACCCUGUUCGAACCCCCGCCGCUGGACCCUUUGAAGGCGCCGAUAGAGAACGUCUUAGAGUUGACCCCUGUGGUUGACGUGGGCAGAGAUGUAUUCACAAACACCCGACCCCUUUGGCAUCCCCCGGGCGCACGAGGCAUUUACGGCGGUGCCGCCAUCGCCCAAUCUCUUGCCGCCGCGAUGCGAACUGUCCCCGAUGAUUUUGCCGUCCACAGCAUGCAUUGCUAUUUCGUUUUGGCCGGCGACUCGGAAAUCCCCAUCGUCUACCAUGUCGAGCGAGUCCGCGACGGUCGAAGUUUCAUCACCCGCACGGUGCAAGCUAGGCAGCGCGGUCGACCUAUAUUCACCACCACAUUAAGUUUCAGCAAAGCCAACAGUGGCGGUCGAAAAAAGCUUGAGCAUGCCUCAUCUAUGCCGUCCGUCGCGCUACCCGAGGAGUCGGAAGCUGGUGCCAAACGGGCAUUCCAACAAUCAGGCGGCGGGCCAUUCGAAUCACACAGAGCGGGGAUUGUAAAUCGUCACUUGGCCCCGGAAGACAAAAAGGUCAGACGGUUUUUCCGGUCACGAGGGAAGAUAUCCGAUGCAGGAGGACACCGUGCCCACCUGUCCGCCCUUGCAUACAUUACCGACAGCUACUUCAUUGGCACUGUGUCAAGAGUCCACGAUAUCCCACGCUUUUCCUCGCCGGCCGAGCUCGAGAAGCUUCUCAACGCUCUCAAGAACCCGUCAGACCUGGAUGAUGAAGAUAUCGCACGUGCGCUGAAGGAGCUGAAAGAGGAAGAGACUGUGGAGCUUCGCCGUCGCCUAGAGGGCGCUUUGAGCAAGGCUACAAAUCAGGGCCCCGAAGAGCACAAGGAAGUGGGCAUGAUGGUAAGCCUUGACCACUCAAUCUACUUCCACAAUCCCUGGGCAUUCCGGGCAGACGAAUGGAUGUUCUCCGAGAUGGAAAGCCCGUGGGCUGGCGAGGGAAGAGGCUUGGUUCUUCAGAAGUUCUGGUCCAAAGAAGGAAUUCUAAUCGCCACAUGCACGCAAGAGGGUGUCGUACGGCUCAAGCAGGAUGAACCGCCACGGUCUAAGAUCUGAGAAAUGUGACACCUACAUAUUAUACCCGUCCUGCAUCUUAUAGAACUGUCAUUUGAAUAUACAAUAUUCUCUAUGUAAUUAUUGCAUACUCGACAGAUGUUCCAAUCCAUUGGUCUAUCCGUCUGCUUCU